AUGGAGCCCGGGGAGGAUGUCACCCUGGACAACGCAUCCCAUAAUAGUCCCGGAGAUGUGCGCCGGAGGAGGGGACAGAUUGGAGGUGUUUUAACGGCCCUCCCCUGCUGGGAGACACAGAGGAGCUGGACCCAGCCUAAGGUGUUUGCCUACGACCACUGCUUCUGGUCCAUGGACGAGUCACAGACGGACGUUUAUGCAGGUAAGAACAUCUUUACAAACCCACCUGACCCCAAUCGACCAAUCAGCAACCAGUGCUCCGAGUCGUCAGGCCUCAGGGUGAGGGAGCACAGUGAUGGGCCCUAUGUGGACGGGCUCUCACGCCUCGCUGUAGCCUGCUAUAAGGACGUGGAGUCCCUGAUGUCGGAGGGGAACAAGUCGCGCACGGUGGCAGCGACCAACAUGAACGAGGAGAGCAGCCGCUCCCACGGAGUGUUCAACCUCAUCCUCACACACACCCUGACGGACCGCACCACCGGGACUCAGGGAGAGAAGGUGAGCAAGCUCAGCCUGGUGGACCUCGCCGGCAGCGAGCGAGCCGCCAAGACCGGGGCGGCGGGCGAGAGGCUGAAGGAGGGGAGCAACAUCAACAGGUCCCUGAGCACGCUGGGUCUGGUGAUCUCAGCGCUGGCCGAGCAGGGAGCCGGAAAGAACAAGAACAAGUUCGUCCCCUACAGAGACUCUGUCCUCACCUGGCUGCUCAAGGACAGUCUGGGCGGCAACAGCCGCACGGCGAUGGUUGCCACGGUGAGCCCGGCGGCGGACAACUACGAGGAGACGCUGUCCACGCUGCGCUACGCCGACCGCGCCAAGAGCAUCGUGAACCACGCCGUGGUCAACGAGGACCCCAACGCCCGCAUCAUCAGGGAGCUCCGGGAGGAGGUGGAGAAGCUCCGCGACCAGCUGACCCAGGCCGAGUCCCUGAAGGCUCCGGAGCUGAAGGACCGUCUCGAGGAGUCUGAGAAGCUGAUCCAGGAGAUGACCGUCACCUGGGAGGACAAGCUGACCAAGACUGAGGCCGUCGCCCUGGAGCGCCAGAGGCAGCUGGAGAGCCUGGGCAUCUCGCUGCAGUCCUCCGGGAUCCGCGUGGUGGAGGACCGCUGCUUCCUGGUCAACCUCAACGCUGACCCCGCCCUCAACGAGCUGCUGGUCUACUACCUCAAGGAGCACACCCGGGUGGGCUCGGCAGACUCCCAGGACAUCCAGCUGUGUGGGAUGGCCAUCCAGGCGGCGCACUGUGUCAUCGACAUCACGGCCCAGAGCGGGGUGGUGCUGACCCCCCACCGCAACGCACGGACGUGUGUGAACGGAGCGGUCCUCUCCGCCCCCCUCCAGCUUCACCAUGGCGACCGCAUCCUCUGGGGCAACAACCACUUCUUCAGGAUCAACCUGCCCCGGAACCUGUCCCAGGUGGGGGCUGAGGGGGAGGGGGAGGAAGAGGGCGUGGCCAACAUGAAGGCGGGCCUGAGCUCUGAUAGGCCGGAGGAGGCGAGCGACGGGGCGGGCGACAUGAGCUUCGGAUACGAGUUCGCCCAGACGGAGGUCCUGAUGAACACCAUGGGACAGGACGACCCCAUCCACGCGGCGCUGCAGACGCUGGGCCGUCAGUACGAGGAGGAGAAGAGGAGCGCCCUGGAGCGCCAGCGCCUCCUCUACGAGCAGGAGCUGGAGCACCUCCGCAAGCACCUCCCCCCGGAGAGGAGCGGCGCCCUGCUGGAGCCCGGCCCCGCCCCCUCCUGCACCCCGCUCGCCCGCAUGCGGCGCUGGAGCGAGGACAGGGAGGCCAUGAUGAGUCGGGGGCUGCUGCGGCUGCGGGAGCAGAUCGUGCGGACCCAGCUGCUGGUGCAGGAGGCCGGCUUCCUGUCCGAGGAGCUCGGCAAGAAGACCGAGUACCUGGUCACGCUGCAGAUCCCCGCCGCCAACCUGGACGCCAACCGCAAGAGAGACGUGGUGCUGUCGGAGCCGGCAGUGCAGGUGCGCAGGAAGGGGCGGGGCAAGCUGAUCUGGUCCCUGGAGAAGAUGGAGAACCGGCUGCUGGACAUGAAGGACCUGUACCAGGAGUGGAAGGACUGCCAGGAGGACACCAGCGUGACGCGGUCGUACUUCCGGCGGGCGGACCCGUUCUUCGACGAGCAGGAGAACCACAGCCUGGUGGGCGUGGCCAACGUGUUCCUGUCCUGCCUGUUCCACGACGUGCGGCUUCAGUAUGCAGUACCCAUCAUCAACCAGAAGGGGGAGGUGUCGGGCCGGUUACACGUGGAGGUGUGUCGUGGCUCUGAGGACCCCCCCGACCCGCCCCAGACGGACUCCGACCCCCCGGAGCGCACCCUCACCUGCGUGGUGAGGAUCCUGCAGGCCACCGGGCUGCCCCGCCACCUGUCCAACUUCGUGUUCUGCCAGUACCGCUUCUGGGGCCAGGAGCAGCCCCUGUACAUCACCCCCGAGCUGGAGCUGCAGGGGCCCCCCGGGGCCAAGGACCCCCACUGCACCGUGGUGUUCGACAGCACCGAGAGGCUGACGGUGAGCGUGACGGAGGAGCUGGUGGAGUUCCUGGCGGACGGGGCGGUGGCCAUCGAGGUGUACGGCCACAAGCUGCUCCACCACCGCAGGAACCUGGCCCUCUGGGACCUGGAGGUCAUCCAGGCCAAGACGCGCUCGCUCAGAGAGAGGUGGAUGGAGGUGACCCGUCGUCUCCAGCUGUGGGUCCAGGUGAUGGAGCUCAGCGAGGUGGGGGUCUUCAGCCCGGUGGAGGUGCUCCCAGCCCGGGACGUGGCCACAGGGGGGGUCUACCAGCUGCAGCAGGGUCAGUCCCGCCGGGUGUGUGUGGAGGUGCGGGGGGUCCCCGAGUCCGGGACCAUGCCCCUCAUCGCCGCCUCCAUCCACUCCAUCGCCAUCGGAGACGUCCAGGUCCGCAAGACACGCCCCCCAAGAGGCAACCAAUCACAAUGGGAUGAAGAGGAGGAGAUGGACAGCUACCAGGAGAUAGAUCUGGAGAGGAUGCGGGAGCAGUGGUUGGCGACGGUUACGAAGCGACAGGAGUAUCUGGACCAGCACCUCCAGAAGGUGGUCUCCAAACCAGAUAAGUGUGAGGAGGACGUGGAGCGUGAGGCCCAGCUCCUGGAGGGCCGCCUCACGCUGACGGAGGAGAGGAACGCCGUGCUGGUCCCCGCCGAGGGCAGCGGCAUCCCGGGGGCGCCCGCCCAGAGGGUUCCGGUCCCGGGGAUGGAGACCCACGUCCCGGUCCUCUUCCUGGACCUCAGUGCGGAUGACUUCCAGGACAGCCUGUCCCCCAGCCUGGCGGGGGGGCAGGACGCGCUGCUCUCCGGGGAGGACGAGGACGCCUUCUUCGACCUCCACAUCGUCAGGCACCAUGACGACCAGGCGACGGCGGAGGCUUCCUGGGACUCGACGGUCCACGACUGCGCGGCGCUGAGCCGGGCGGGGCCCGCGGACCAGAGGGUGUACCUCACGCUGAGGGCGGUGGUGCAGCUCAGCCACCCGGCCCGCAUGCAGCUGGUGCUGCGCAAACGGCUCUGUGUGGCCGUCAACGGCCGGCAGGGUUUCGCCAAGAGCCUGCUGCGGAGGGUGUCCCAGCGCAGCUCCAUCCCGGGCUGCGGCGUGACCUUUGAGGUUGUGUCCAACAUCCCCGGGGAGAUCCAGGGGCCGGAGGACCGGGAGAUGCUAGCCCGGCUAGCUGCUAGCAUGGACGACAGCCAAUCAGAGGCCAGUGAGGCGGCCAUUGAGAAGUACCUGCGCAGCGUCCUGGCGGUCGAGAACAUCCUCGCCUUGGACCGCCUUCGACAGGAGGUAGCUGUAAAGGAGCAGUUAGCCGUUAAAGGGUCUCCCAGACGCUAUCUCAGCUCCCCCAUCGUCAACCAGCUGUCUGCUAGCUGUCUGGAUCUCUAUGGCUCCACUAACCGCCUCAACAACAUCAAGGGUUGGGAGAGCCACCAGGACCUCUUCUCUGCGUCUCCAAGCUCACGACGGACUCUACCGAGCUCCGCCUCCCAGACCCUGCACCCAAACCCCACCCUCCUCCACCAAAAUACAGGCAAGGCGGUUCCCAAGCUGCUCAACUUCCUGGUACCUGAUGAUAGAGAGGAGAUGCCAGCCAAUCAGCAGGCGGUUCCCACCAUCAUGGUCCAGUCCGCCAGUGUGGACGAGUCCCUCGGCCAGACCCCCGCAGUUCCCGCCCCGCACACCCUCCCACCGGAGGACCAACCGGAGGCUGCCUCCGUGUCCAGGCCCCUCCCGCCCCCCGUCGUCCCGGAGACGAAGGACUCCGCCCACAGCCCCCUCAGCCAAUCCUCCAGCGGCUACGCAUCCACCAGCAUCUCCACGGCGACGCUGUCGGACGUCUACACGCUGAGCUGGGACCUCCCCCCGUUGCUAGGCAACGAGGCCGAGCACCCGGAGGCCCCGCCCACCUCCUCCUCCCCCUCCAAAGCCUUCCUUCAGUCCCUCCGACCGCCCGACCAAUCGGAGCCCGGCUCAGACGAACAGGAAGUGAGUGAGGUGACGGAGCCAUUCGGUGGAGAUCAGGUGACAUCAUCUGGUCUGGAACCGCAGGUUCUGACAGAACCACCAGAGCAGGGGGUCACCCAAUCAGGACCCUUAGACCAGGAGGACAACCAAUCAGGAUCCUCAGAGCAGGAGGACAACCAAUCAGAACCCUCAGACCAGGAGGACAACCAAUCAGAACCCUCAGACCAGGAGGACAACCAAUCAGGACCCUCAGACCAGGAGGACAACCAAUCAGGAUCCUCAGACCAGGAGGACAACCAAUCAGGAUCCUCAGACCAGGAGGUCAACCAAUCACAACCCUCAAAGCAGGGGGUCAACCAAUCAGGAUCCUCAGAGCAGGGGGACAACCAAUCAGGAUCCUCAGACCAGGAGGACAACCAAUCAGAAGCCCCGGUCAUUGAGAACAACCAAUCAGAAGCCCCGGUCCUGGAGAACACCCAAUCAGAAGCCCCGGUCCUGGAGAACACCCAAUCAGAAGCCCCGGUCCUGGAGAACACCCAAUCAGAAGCCCCGGUCCUUGAGAACAACCAAUCAGAAGCGUCCUCAGCAGAACGAUUGAUGCAGGCAGAAUCUGCCUCCUUCUCCACCUCCUCCUCUUCACCUCCUCCUGUAGACCUGGACCCAGUACCAGCUCUGGACCAGGUGGACCCAGAACCAGCUCUGGACCAGGUGGACCCAGACCCAGCUCUGGACCAGGUGGACCCAGAACCAGCUCCGCCCCUGGUGGACCUGGGGGAGGGGCUUCAGGAACCUCAGGACCCAACAAUGACCCGGACCCCAUCGGAACCAGACGAGCAGGAACCAGCAGAACCAGUAGAGAGUUACUCUGGUCCCAUCCCCGUCCUGACCUUUACCCCGGCGCUGGACCAGGACCAGGACCAGGACCCUGUAGACCCUGAAGAACCAGCCCCGCCCUCCCAGACCAAGGACCCCUCCCCCCCAGACCCGGCCUGCUCCCCAGCUCCAGCCCAGGCCUCUGUCCCUGGUCCUCAGACCCAGACCUCUGGUCCUAGUCCCAACACCCAGACCCCUGGUCCUGGUCCUGGUCCCCAGACCCCGGCUCCUGGUCCCCCCCAGACCCCUGCCCCUGGUCCCAAGACCCAGACCCCUGCCCCUGGUCCCAAGACCCAGACCCAGAUCCCUGCCCCUGGUCCCCAGACCCCUGGUCCUGGUCCUGGUCCUGGUCCUGGUCUCCUCGUGGCCCAGGCGGGGGCCCCUGUCCCGGGGCCCGUCGGGGCCACCAGCCCCUUUAAGAUCCAGAAGGUCCAGAAGCUGAAGUCCUCCGACCUCAAGUCCUUCCAGCCGGUCCUCAAGGAGGAGGAGCUCAGCCCGGGGGCGGGGCUUACCCUCCCCGAGCCAAUGGAUAGGCUGGAAAUAAUCUCAGACUCUGAGGACGCAGGCGGGACCAGAAGCGCCACGCCGGUCCCUGAUUGGCUGAAGGAAGGGGAGUAUGUGGCGGUGGGGACCAAUAAGACGGGGACGGUCCGCUACGUGGGCCAGACGGACUUCGCCGACGGGGUCUGGAUCGGGGUGGAGCUGGAGGUCCCCGCAGGGAAGAACGACGGCUCCGUUGCCGGGCGGCGCUACUUCCUCUGUAACCACGGUUACGGCAUGCUGGUGCGGCCCGACCGGGUCACCCGGGUCAAACGGCGCCGCCCACAGCGCCGCGGCGCCAACCUAUCGGGAUCCAGCCCCAACCUGGCUGCUCUCACCGCAUUGGCUAAAGGAGAAGGGGGCGGGGCCAGCCGCAGCAAAGGGGAAAACCGCAAGUCGUGGAACAACUGAUCAUGUGAUCUCCUCCUCCUGCUGCUGGAGAGGAGGAGGAGGAGGAGGAGGAGGAGCGGACCUGCUCUUCUGUUCUCCUCUUCUCAUCUCUCUGCUCCGCUUUAUCUCCUCUCUACCUGACUCCUCCU